AUGGAAAUACCUGAACACUUAUAUAAUUGGCUACUCAACAUCGGCCUUUUCUCUCAAACCACCUAUCCAAACAUGCCUAACACGAUCCCUGAAAGCCUCGUGCUAAAUUUAGAAAGUGGCCAGAGUUUUAAAGUCAUUUUAAAAAGACUGAACCAAAUUAAGGUAACCGACAUAUAGAAUAAUCUUGACCGUCUGAAAACUCCUAUGCCAGAAAUCAACACAAUCAAGCAGGUGAAUUCUCCAUCUGGGAAACUUUAUAACUGGAAUGUUCUAAUACCAGCUUUAGAGUUAUUUAGCAUUCAUGUGGAUCCAGAUACAAAAAGUUUAAUAAUUGCUGGGGAUAGAGAUAUGCUGAUAGAAGUUUUAAAUCAAAUUUAUAAUGUAGAGGUCGGCUUGAAGGAAAAUAAUGAAAAUAGAAAUUAUAGGGGUCAUAUAAAAUUGUCCAUGAAAGCAUUGAGAUUUGCUCAGCAAGCUUUUUUUGACAAGAUAUUUAUAGAAAUAUAAUUAUAUCAUCCAUUAUUGUGUCAAUUUUUAUAAAUCCUUUUCUUACCAUAAUAAUGGAAUGGUUUCAAACUUCUUGCAUUUUCCAUUAUAUCUUUAAAAUUAUUUAUUUCAUUGAUAGAGGCUAAAUUAAGGCAAAAUCCUAUAUAAUAAACCUCAGCCAUCAAGCAGUGAAGAAGGGCUUGCUAUUGACCAGCUUAAUACUACAAAGCCACUAUUCGAAGCUGAUACUUGUUUAGAGUACCUAAUAGUUUCUCUCUGCAAAGACUUCGAACUAAAACCUAAACAAGGAGCUGGCCUAUUAGCCCAGGGCUACAAAUACUUAGCUCAUAUCAUAGCAAAAGGGCUGAAAGGCAGUUUCGAGCCUGUUAUGCUAUGAUAUCAAGACAUAUAUUCAAACACCCAAAGACUCGCUGAAUUAGUAUCAAAUGAACUUGACUCAGGAGCCAUGAACUUCGUAAUGUCAGCCCUUAAGCCAGGCUUAAUCUCUAAAGAUAUAGAAAUCAUUGAAUGGACGCUCCGAGUCUUUUCUAAGCUUGCCUUAGAAUUUUCAGAAAUCGGGCUCUUAGAAGCAGCUUGGAAGUGGUUCACAGGCGACCAAAUCUACAGUAUUAAUAAAAUGGUGUCUCGGCACGGGCAUUUGAUGGGAGGCAAUGAAGCCUCGAGCAUAUUUUGAUUAUGCCCGCAAGGGUUCUAAAAACCAGAAAUUGGCAGCUAUGCUAGGGAGCAAUUUUGGUAAUGCACAGAACCUAGCCCUAGUCAGCUUUCAGGAUUGGAUUUUCCUCGAGAGAAAAGGUGAGCUCAGAGUUGGAGAAGGAAAGCCCAGCGAAGUCUACAGACAAUUCCUAGGUCAUUUAGGCAUCUUCCUAGCGUGGAACUGGGAGUUACGCCCAGCUUUUUGUUUUCCUUUUUAGAGAGAGUUGGCCAGAAAUUCCAUUUUUUGGGAUUUUUGUGCGGACAACCUUCGCUCAACUCAAGCAUCAGCCAUAAAGUCUACUGCCUUCCAUUCAACACAAGGCAAGGAGGAGACGGAGAUGCAGAAUUCUUCUUCGCAGACUCCAUGACGUCAGGCGGUGAAGAAAAAAUAGUGCUUCAGCAGAUACUCUUCCUGCUAGUCAUCUAGCUCGAAGAACUUCUUCCUAUCUACAUUCCAAAGAGGAGUGAACGCCCUUCAGGGAUCCUUGGUGACUUGUUACAAAUAGGCAGCAGCCAAACCUGUCAUAAGUUUACUUUUAAUACCAAUCUGCGCUAGAAAUGUGCAUCCAUUCUCUUAAACGUGUAGGAUCUGAGCUAUAUUCAGGAGUAAUAGAGCUGUUUUUGCAGAUUGGCCAAGGCAACUUUAUUGAGCUUUUCACCCUUCACAUCAGAAAUAUAAUGACCAACACUACAGAAUACAUCAACUUAAUGAGCGAUUUUUUGCCUUUUUUAAGUGAAAGUGAAAGCAUUUUCCAAGAAAUUAUCAGCUCUGGCGUCAUUGCAUACUGAAGAGAGCUAGGCAUAAGAGAAGCAGACUCAAAUGGUAUUGACAAUUAUAACCAAAGAGUACCAGCCAUUAAUUUUCUUGUCAGCAUCAUUACUCAGCUUUACAGCAAAAUAAGUGAAAACGAAUUACUGAUCAAUUCAAUUAUAUCUUUCCUUAACAGGGUAUCAAGAGACCAAAGCUUCUGCUUAAAAUGCAUAGCGAUAGCUCAGCUUUUUAACCUCCUCGAAUUUUUUGCUAACCAAGAAAGCCAGUUUGCCCCUAUAGUUUACCGUGCAUUAACAUUUUUGUUGCUAGAAAAUUACUCAUCAAGUAUGAUGAGGGAAUUUAUGACAGAAAAUUUCAGAAUUAUUUUUAAAAAUAACCAAGCUAUCCCAAUCAGCAUUUUACUAGACCCAUUAAUUAAAAAGCUGCAAGUAUAUGAAGAGGAUUAUUUUUCAUUUGAUUUUGAUUUUUUAAUCACUAUUGCUCAACAUCCACGGCUGCUAAUCCAGCAUGCUAUACAACUAAUUGAUAUUCUUGGAAAAGUUUAUGUGAAUAGCUUAAUUUUUUGUAAAGCUAGCGGAGUCCCGUUUACGUAUCUUGCUGCAAGAUUUAUUGAGCAAACUGUGAUGCAGGAGUAUUUGUAUAUGUUUGUGAGAUAUUCUCUUAAUUUAGUCCUGUCUGCUGAACAAAAUAAGUCAAAUCCUGAGUUAAAGCAACUUAGAAAUUCUAUAAUGGAUUUAAUUAGUUGAAUAAUACAGCAAUGGCAGGACGGGCUAAAUGACAAAAUUCGCCAACUUCUGCUUCAAACAAAUUUCGCUUAUUAUCAGCUUUACAGCACAAAUUGUAAAUCAAUUAUUUUUGUGCUAACUCCCCCCGCUGCGUUAGUGAACAAAACCAUUAGAAAAAUUGCUAUUUUUUUCCCAAAAACCCACCCUCCGUGGUGAACAAAAAUUUUUUUUUAUAGAAAAAAUUUUUAAUUGAAAAAGAUUUUGAUAUAUAAUUGAUAAUUAGUAUAAUGAAAUCUAGAGCUAAUUCUGUUUAAUUUUAAACAAAUUGCGUUUUAAAAUAUAAAUUUUAUAAAUUAAAUUAAUAUUUGCAUCCCAAUUUUUGCAAAUGAGGAUUUUUUUAAAUUUCAAAAUAAAUAUUUUCUAUAAAAUUUAUAUAUAAAUUUUUUUAAAACAAAAUUAACCCCCUCCAUAAGUGAACAAAAUUUUUUUGUUCACUCACAGAGGGGCGGAGUAAGCCUACUAGGUGAUACUGAUAACUUAUUAAGAGAUUUUCAAACUGAAAACCCUGGGCUUUUUGCACCAGAGCCUCAAGAGGAUCCUGAAGAAAUAAAAGAAGAGGCUCAUAGAGAAGAAGAAGAUCAGGUAGAAAAUAAUUAUCAAAUUGUAGUAUAUGAUGAAAAAACUAGAGAAAAAGAAAAGCAACGAAAGGUCCAUACAUGGAAUACGGCUAUAGAAGAAAUUGAAAAAGCGAAAAAGAAAAGACUGAGCAUCGAUAGAAGGCUAAAAGAAGAAGAAGAAAAAAAAUUGAAAAGGCUAAAAUUUAAAAAGAAAAAAAUAAAAAAACAAUUAGAAGUCAGAAAAAUUGAACAAGGCAGAGCCAGAGAAAAUAAUGAAGUAGCGCUGUACGAUGAGGGGACUGUUAUCAAAUAUACAACAGUACCAGAAGAUAUUGUUAUAAGAGAAUUCAGUGAAGCAGAAAUUGAUGAAGAAAACGCAGUUAGGCUGCUACUAAAAAAAUACUCCAGAUUAUUAAAAGUUUUAUUUCAAAAUUAUUCAGGUACCGGAUAUGUGAGAAAGCGGCAAACUAACUCAGACUUCGACUGGCUAGCAGAAAGAAAAAGCAGGAUUACUGAGUCAGAAUAUAUAAAAAUCCUUAAAGAUCAUGGCGUGAUCCCUAAAUUAAUGACAAAAGUGGAGCUCAGGUUUCUCUUUAAAGCUUACAACCUUAAAAUCCUGAAACUCUCUGAGGUAGAUUUUGUAGACUAUGAAGGCUUUAAAGGUCUUUUCUGCCAAAUUGCUUAUUUCUGCUUCUCAAGAGGCUCAAAAGACUACUCACAUUUGCCUGCAGUCGUUUCAGCAAAAAGUUUGCUUGACCAUAUGAGGGAAGACCUUGUCCAAAAAAAUAUUUCUACAGAGCUAUAUGAUGAGCCAGACCCUGGAAGAGGCGACAAGGAUAUCAUCAAAGCUUUAAAUGCAAAAUUAAAAGAAGAUCCUGAUACCCCUAUGCCUGAUGGAUACCAAAGAGUUGAAGAUUUAAAUAUGGAGCUGUUUUAUAAUGUCCCAGAAAUAGUGGAAAUUAAUGAUAACACCAAAAUGGCUAUAGAGCUCCUUGAUGAAAUUUUUUCUAAUAUAGGCUUUCAUAUUUUAGAGCCACAAGUAAAAUUUUCUCCAUCUUAUUAUGCAAAAGGUAUAGGAAAGCCACCUGAAAUUAUCAAUAGGCCACCAAAUAUAGUGAAGCUCUUAAAAAAAGAAAUAAAAACAUCGCAGCCACCAAAAGUUGUUAAACUUUCCCCUGUGUUGAAAUUUGAAUUAGCCCAUUGUCCACAAGAUGAGAAAAAUAUAUAUGAAGAAUGCGCUGCUACCCUUGAGCAUCUUUUGCAUACAGUUUAUUUAAAAUCCAGCAAAAUUAUUACAAAAGAAUUAAAAGUUGAAGAAAAAUAUGAAGCGAAAAAAGAAAGAGAAAAACAAGAAAACGAACAGAAAAAAUUAGAAUUAGAACAAAAAAGGAGGCUUAGGUACCAAAUUAUACAAGAAAAUAUCCAAAAAGCAAAAGAAGAAAGACAAGAAAAGCUAAGAGAAGAUUUAGAAAGAAGAAAAAUGGAGAAAGAAAACCAAGAAAAAAGAAAGAGAAAGCAGAAGGAAAAAGAAAUGAAAGAAAAAGAACAAAGAGAAAAUUUGAUAAAGCAAUGGGCUGAACAGAAGCAGCAAGCUGAUGGGGAAAAAGAAAAAGAAGAGAAGGAAAAAAUGAAGCAGAAAAAAGAAAAAUUAAAAAAAAUUGCCGAAGAAAAGAAAAAAGAACACGCAGAAAGGCUGGAAAAGCUUAUAAGUGUAAAGAUGACAGAGAAUAAAGCAAAAAGAGAAAAAGAGUCGAAAAAAGAUGAAAUAAGAAAAGAAGAGCUAGCAGUUUCAAAGAAAAUGGGGUCGAAAAUUAUCGCAGAAGCAAGAAAAGACCAUGAAAAGACUGCUCAAGCCAAACAAGAAAUUACACAGGUGAUGGAAAGUGAAGAAUUCAAGUCUUUUAUCGCUAAUUAUAUGGGGCAUAUAGAAUUAGCAUACUCUACUUAUUGCAAGCAGUCCCAAAUCAAAAUAGAAGCAGAAGAAUCCUUAUGAAAUAUGAAUUUCUCAAUUUACAAUAAAUUUUGCUCCAAUUUUGCAAUUCAUCCAGAGCUCGUCAAAACAUAUGAUCAUCAGCUCAUAUUCAAAACCAUUACCAAGCAUAAAAAUGGAUCUGAAAAGGUCAUAGAUAAAGAAGAUUUUAUUAAAGCACUCAUUAUGAUUGCAUCUUCAGCAAGAAAAUCAUUAAACGACAACGAAAGCGAAUUCUUCACAAUUGAUACAGUUAAAAAACUAUUUGAGUAUAUUGGAAUGAAUUUCAAUAUAAAAAUAUGAAAACAAAAAAUAUAUGAAAGCUUGUAUGGGAUAAAGAAAAGACCUCACAGACUAGCAUUUAAUAAUAGUAGCCACAAUAGCGAUGAAGAAGAAGGGGCAAAAGCACUUUUAUCAAGCAUUUCUCAGAAAAGUUUGACGUGGAGAACCAAGGCAAGUAAUCCAAGCCUUUUUAAGUCAGAAAGCCAAGUGAUGAAAUUGCUGCCGAAAAUUGAAGAAAAUACAAAGAAACACUCAGAAAGUCCGAAAAGAUUACGGAAAAAUGAGAAUUUGAAAGAUUUUAAAAUGAGUCAAGAAGAGAGUCCUAAUAUUUUAAGGAAAAAAUCCCAGGAUAAUUCUAAAGGAUCUAAAAUAGGAGAUAAAGUGAUACAAGAAAUUGCGAAACUUGAAGAAGAAGUGGUACAGAAGAAUAAUGAAGAAAUAGAUAUGGGCGAAGACCUAUUUGGUUAA